AUGGCUUCACGAUUUCCGCGUCAGCGUGAUCCUCGUGCCUCCUCGUCUCUCUUCGAUCAAUACGGCGGUGACUCCCGCCAAGCCAGCAGAUCUCCUGCCCAACAACCAGGUGGAUACGGGUACGGAGGCUACCCCAGUUCAGCACCUAAUGGUUACGCGGGUAGCGGUGCGGCCGGAGCUGGAUACCAGAGUGCGUCGCCCGACAAAAAGGGACACUACUCCGAUGCAGUUCUCUCAUCUCUUGAGUCCCAAAAUGACGCUGAAGUUGAGGGUAUCAGUGCCAAGGUCAAAAUGUUGAAGGAUAUCACAAUUGCAAUUGGCGAUGAAAUUCGAGACACCACACACCUGACUGAUCUCAACGAUUCAUUCGAUAAUACCAGGGUCCGACUCCGCGGGAAUAUGAAACGCAUGCUUCGCAUGGCCGAGAGCACCGGCGUCGGCUGGCGAGUCUGGCUCGGCUUCUUUUUCGCUGUCUUCCUUCUGUUCUUCUAUGUCUGGAUAUUCUGA